AGGAGGACUGCUUUGAAGAUGCCUACGACCGGAUACCUGCGACUUGUCAGAUGGACCUGCAGACAGCCAUCCAGGAGACUCAGUGUGCUCUCAAUCUUGUCCUCAACAACAAGUUCUCCGAAGCCCUUGACCUUCUCAAACCAUGGUGGAGGGACAGCAUGUACCAUGCCCUGGGCUACAGCAGCAUCCUGGUGAUGCAGGCCACCAUGACCUUCGAGCACAGAGACAUCCAGGCUGCCAUGGCAACCAUCAAGGAGGCGUUGCAGACCUGUCAGAGGUUCAGGAAGAAGAGCUCGGUGGUCGGCUCCCUGUCCAGUCUCAUCAGCAGGCAGUCCAAACUGCAGGAAGAGGAGAUGCACGCGGAGAUCUGCUACGCUGAGUGUCUGCUGCAGAAAGCCACGCUGACCUUUGUACAGGAUGAGAACAUGAUCAGUUUUAUCAAAGGAGGCAUCAAGAUUCGAACGAGCUACCAAAUCUACAAGGAUUGUCAGAACGUGCUGAAUGUCAGUCAGGACCUCGCCGGCCAAUCAGACGCGUUCAGGCAGUUUGAAGGCGGUGUCAAGCUGGGCAUCGGGUCCUUUAACCUGAUGUUGUCCCUCCUUCCUCAGAGGAUUUUGAGGUUGUUGGAGGUCAUCGGAUUCUCAGGAAACCGGGGGUUUGGGUUGUCCCAGCUGAGAGAGGGAGCGUCCAGCCACAGUCUGCGGGCCAUCCUCUGCUCCCUGACUCUGCUCUUCUACCGCACAUACGUGUCUCUGAUACUCGGUAGGAAGCCCCCCCACACAUUUACUCCUUUCUAUAGAUGUAGCAGCGCCAACGUAGUCCAGUAG